AUGAUGAUGUUGAAGCUUUUUGGAAUCGUCUUUUUCUGUGGCCUCCUCUCGCCCUCUCAAGGAGUCUUGUCGGGUCUGUCCUGCGCUGUCAGUCCAGGGGCGAUGCAGAAUGUUCUCUCGGAUGCCAUACUUCAGAACGGGCUUCUCCAGCAGCACCUCCAGGGCCUCGUGCUCCCAAACAUCAUGGGUGAAGGGGGUCUGCUGAACUCUCCCACCAGCAUCACUGGCCUACACCUUGUCAAGGUUCAGCUCCCCAGGCUGUCAGUGGUGCUGCUGCCAGGAAUCGGGGUCCAGCUGACCAUCGCCGCGAAGCUGGAGCUCAGCGGCAACUGCUUGGUUGGCCUUCUUUCAGAACUAAUUGAUAUCUUAGUGGACGUGAACAUUACUGCAAACAUUAAAUGCACGAAUUUUGAAUCGGGCACAGUCCAGGUUGUCAUUGAAGACUGCCUCUGCAUUCUUGGUGCCGUAAAGAUCAAGCUCCUUUCUGGCUUACUGUCCCUAUCAGUAAAUGAGAUAGUGCUUAACCAGCUGACAGCAACUCUGCCCGGUCUGCUGUGUCCAGUAGUCGAUAUUGUCGUCAACCUCGUGAACAUCCAGCUCCUGGGCACUCUCAACGCGGUGAUCCCAGUCGGUACGGCCGGAACGAUUCACUACCAGCUGGCCAGCCUCCCGUUUACCUCCGGCUUGUUCCUUGGGUUGGAUUUAGACGGUGCAGUGAAGCAGGUGGGAGGCAGCAUCAUCCCCCAUGACUCGUCCCCCUCCGCUUUGCCUCCGCUGCUGGACAAGCUUCUGGUCUUGGGACUGCGCCAGAGCUUUCUCAAUGCAGUCCUGUCCCUCCUGAUCCAGAUACCGCCGCAGACCUUCACCUGCACGCCAGAAGUUUUCUCCGGUGCCAGCCGCCUGCAAGAAGCCAUCACGACCCUCCUUCCUGCGGGGUGCUCCACCUGCCCUGGGACCAGUCCUCUGAGCAUUAAGCUAACGUUGUCUGGGAACCCGCUCAUCCUCUUGGAAAAAAACAAAGCCACCGUUGAGCUUUCCGUCAUGAUUCAGGUGUUCGUUAAGAGUUUAGAUGGAGCCAUCCUCAACCUCCUGCUGCUGAAGGCCGACCUCGGUCUAAACGCCCACAUCUCGAUUGCUGGAGGCAGACUGGUGCUGGGGCUGUCCCUGGGCAGCAUUUCCCUCUCCUUGGAGUCUUCUGAUGUUGGCAUCAGUAACAUCUCGAACUUGAAGCCACACUGCAGCAGUCUGCUGGCGGAAACGUUAUUGCCCCUUAUCAAUGGCGCUCUGGGCAUCGGGAUCCCUCUGCCAAACGUGCUGGGCAUUCCCUUAAUAAAGGUGGAUAUUCAGAUAUUGGCGGGCCUGCUGGUGAUUCUGGUGUGA